AUUUUAAUUUGCAACUAUUUGCGGCUGGGAUACAAACAUUUUACUUUUCUGCCAAAAUGGAUUGCUGUUGGACACCGUAAUGACACAUCAAGCGUUCUGACGUCUUAUUUAUUUUUUCAGUGUAUUAUAUUAUAACAAAGAUGAUUGAUUCUUCUUUUUUAAAUGAGGUCGAGCAGUCUUCGGAUGACUUGGAGUCGUCAGAGGAUCAGCAAUGCGAGAUACCAUGGAUCGAGUGGUAUUGUAGUUUAAAAGGUCACGAGUUUUAUGUUCAAGUUGACGCCGAUUAUAUCCGUGACGAAUUUAACCUUGUUGGCUUACAACAACAAGUGUCAUAUUAUAGUCAUGCUAUCCGAAUGAUUUUGGAUAAUUAUGAUGACUUUGAUUAUGACUGCUAUGAGGAAAACGACGGCGACACUUAUGGCCCAUGUUCAGAACGUGCUAAGCAACGUAUUAUAAAUACAUCAUCGCAACUGUUGUACGGUCUUAUACACAGCCGGUUCAUAAUAACAUCCAAAGGUAUGGCGCUAAUGCUACAGAAAUAUAAGGAGAAAGUAUUUGGCACUUGUCCGAAUUUUAGUUGUGAGAACACAGCAGUUUUGCCAAUUGGGAUCACGGAUGCACCCGCCUAUCAUAAUACAAAAAUAUUUUGCCCUAGGUGCAAUGAGGUGUAUCAUCCUCCGAAAAACAGUCGCCUGUCGUUGAUAGAUGGUGCAUACUUUGGCACGACCUUUGCCCAUUUGUUUUUGAUGGUACAUGAUACACUCGUAACUCGAGGGCCUACUUAUUAUUAUGUACCGCAGAUUUACGGUUUUAAGGUAAGCUCUGCUAUUAAAAAUAACAAGGAGCAUGAAGAUGCUAAUCAUCAAUAAAUUACUCUAACAUUAAAAUUGAAUUUCUUUUAUUA